CAUCUCCGCCUAAGAAAAACAACAACCGUCCGUUUCAUACUCUUCUCUUACGCACUUGAAUCUCUCGUGUUGGCGACUUUGCGAUAGAUUCUCCCAAACCAAAUCCACUUCAAUGGCGGAUCCAUCUCCUCAGAACCCUACCCUCAUCACUUCCCCUCCUCCUCCUCCUUCGCCGACCCCUUUAUCGGGAACCUCGGAACUACCGCCACCGUCUCCGCCGCCUUGCUCCGUUUUUCCCUUUCUCAAGGGUGUUAACAGACCUAAACUCCGCGUAACAUCUGAAUUCGACAGCGAUAGUCUCCUCUUCUUAAACAAAGUGUCUUGUAAGCUUUUCGACAACCUCGCGAAGCUAAAGCUGUCGUUUCAGAACAACUCCCAGCGCGAGGUUUCCCAGCCACAGCUCUCUCUCACUUCCAAACACCUCUCCGUUCUCUAUGAUCUCGAGGAGAAGAACACUUUCAUCAAAAGCACUGUCGAUGUUUCCCCUCGCCUUCAGCUCCGAGCUCUUCAUAAUGUCAAGGCACAACAAGGAGAGGUUGCAAUGGAGGCAAAUCUGGCUGAACCUGGCUAUUCUCUCGAGCUUUCAUCACCUGUCCCUAUUGGUUACCCAAGAGCGACUCUGAAAUUCCCACUUGGCGAAGUUUCGAUACAAGAAAAACAAGAGGAGGAGGAGGAGAAAAGCAACAGAAUUUUAUCUGUUAACGGGAUCCUCAAACGUAAAGUCAUGAAUGGUGUUUGUACCGCUCUAUACACAGAUGAAGAGUUGAGACUGAGAUAUGCUUAUAAGGAUGAUGCCUUGUCUUUCAUACCGAGCAUUUCCCUUCCUUCCAAUGCUGCCUCAUUUGCAUUCAAGCGUCGGUUUAGCCCUUCAGAUAAGUUGAGCUACUGGUACAACUUUGAUUCAAACAUGUGGAGUGCUGUGUACAAACGCACAUAUGGUAAAGACUACAAAUUCAAAGCUGGCUAUGAUUCUGAUGUACGCCUCGGCUGGGCAUCUCUUUGGGUCGGAGAUGAAGCUGGAAAAGUAAAAACGACGCCGAUGAAGAUGAAAGUGCAGUUCAUGCUUCAGGUUCCACAAGAUGACAUCAAAACCUCAGUCUUGAUGUUCCGAGUCAAGAAAAGAUGGGACUUUUGAUGGAAUCUUUAAUCAAUCUCAUUUACACUUCCGUAAUCUCUCUGUAAUACAAAACAGUUGUUCCUCCUUUCUUAAGCUCCUUCUUUUCACUCAUUAUGUAUCGAUCUUUUUUA